CCUUCACAUUGCUACAAUUAGAAAGGACUAAUGUAUGUCAGUAGACCUCUUAUCCUUAUUACUGGAGGUUGAAAUAGCCUGAUGAUUUUCGCUCAAUCGGUUUCAGAAUUCGCUUUCAUUAGCACUUAUACGAAAACUGCGUUACGGCGCAUCAUGACUCCAAGGUCAGCUGCUGAGUCAAAACAAUUGCCCCCAGAGGUACUAUGCUUACUCCAUAAGUCUGAUCUCAGUGCAGAUGACUUAAGGAAAAUUUAUAACUAUGCUCAAGCUAAUCCAGUGCAUCUCAGCCACCACAUAAGUCGUCUGGAAGUAUUAUUGACCAAACUAAUUAAUCCUGUGGAAUGUAGUUGUUCAAGCAGAAACUCUGUGCAUUUCGACUUUGCCUGCAAAAAUGUGGAAUACGAUGAAAGGCUCCAGCUUUCUGCCGCAUGUUUCUCCUUAAUCCCAUUUUUAAAAUUCUCCCCUCAGCGUCUUCAGGAGUUCCAGUUACGUCUAUCCAAAUGCCUUUGUGACUCAUUGUCCUGCCUCUUCGGAAUUCAUGGUUUGCCUCACGUAACUUUAUCGACCGUUCAAGCGUAUCUAAAUUCGAAGGUAGACGAUUUUUCAUGUAUUAUUUCGGUAGACAAAAUCAAAAAGCUACCUGACGACUUCUCCAAGUUGCUGAUUAUGCGUGUUGAUUUUCUCACUUAUUGCUUACGUUAUAUCUUCACGCGUGAUUCUCCAAUGCACAUCAAUUUUUGCUUGCCUAUGUUUGUUUCCAUAUUUAAUGGUUUUUUCGAAGUAAGAUUGACGGACGUGGCUAAUAUGCCAAGUAGUCUGCUAAAAAGUUCUAGUCGUCUCAUGUUAUGUUUAGAUACAAUGUGUCAAGCUGUUGGUACAGUAAUCAUGCCCGCUGUUCCUUGCUUGUUAACUCUUGUCACAUACAACUUAGAAUGGACUGCGAGCUGGCGAGUUGAAAGUAAAAAUAUGGAGUAUUUUGUGCGCCUGCGUUUGGCAGCUUUUUCUUGUUUACUCCAUCUCACCACUGCGAGUUUAAAGUUUUCGUACGCAUAUUUUAUGGAAAUGAUACCACGAAUAUUUUCUCAGUUGGUGUAUGAUUUACGAGGAUUUCUUUCUACUUGUCAAUGUACGUAUCCAAUCACAUCCACCAAUGCUGUUUUCAAUAAUGACCAUCCGAAACCUCAAGUAACUUCACUUGGACUGUUUGAAAAGCGUAUGCUGUUGGCGAUCCUGCUCCUGGUAGAAUAUAUUUUUAAAGACCCAGGAGUUCUGCGCUAUAUCGAACUCUCCAAAGCAAUAGAUUCCAGUUGCACGACUGGUAAAGAAAAUCCCUCAAGUCAUACACCUGUUCAUAACGAAGUGAACAGUCUUCUAAUCUGUAUAACCAGCUUACUCUCACAUAUAAACGUUGUUCUUAGUUAUGGAGUGUCUCAUACUCAGCGGCAGAAAAAGAUCAGUACCAUGAAUUUAGUCAGUCCACCCCUGUUAAUUGCUUUAGCAAAAGCUUCUUUUGCAUGUGCCAUGUCUACUCGUAGUCAAACGUUUCAUGUCACUGUUCGAAGAUUCUUCGCCAACCUCACGAAACAUUCAGACAGUGUGGUAAGUUUAAUCGCACUAGGUAAUUACCAUCAAUUAUGUGGUGUAAAUAUCAGCAGUUCCGUCAGUCACGAAGAUUCAGAGAUAUGUAGAAACACUCUGUCAAGUAAUCAACUUACUCCUCAAACGAAGCUUGUCUUACCCGAUGAGAAAUAUAAUGUCGUCGAAUAUACUUCGGAAGUAUGUUCUUCAAUUAAAAUUACAAAUCCCGAACAGGAGGGACCUCCCGUCAAGCGCCUUCGAAUUACGGAGUCACAUACAGUUGCACAAGCUACUGAGAUAUGUUCAAGUGCUAGCUGUGGUGCUUUAGAAGCUGACGUCCCACCUAGAAUUCAACAAGAGAAUUUGCCGUUAUCUGGUGAGCGAAACGUUCUUGCAUCAGAGGAUAUAGACAGUUUUCUGACCACUUUUGAUCCGACUUUUAUGUGA